AUGGCAAACUCUGGGACGACUGAGUUCGAUGUUGAACUGUGCCAUGCCUUCAUCAGCACCAUCGCCAACUCCGAUCUGAUCUGCAGGCCGUGCAAGCAGGGCCUGACCCAACGGUACCUCCACUCCAAAGCAAGGACUGACCUCAUAUGGAAGGUCUACAGACGGAUCAGCCAGCUUGACCGGCCGCUCUUCGAGCGACUAAUGCAAGAUUUGGGCGGGCCAGCAGACCUUCAACUUGCGAUUCAAGAUCUCAACAACAAUCCUCAUUGUUCCUAUCCGCCCGGGGCUACAGGUCCGAAGCAAUGGGACUGCGUUGAUGUGAAGAUGUGGGGCAACCUGCACGUAUGGCUUCGCGUUCUGGCGGACGAGGAAAGUGUCGCACCACACCCGGUAGCCCUGAAGGACUUCAAGACAUCGGCCUGGCGCUCACGUGUCUGGGCUGCGACGGCAGGGCGGUACACCCUCGAUGAUCUGAGGGCUCAGCGUUCCAUGCGGCGCUUUCUUGAUGACCAUGAGGCACACCUCCUAGAAUCCUGCCUCCUUCCAGCAGACGCUAAGAUACCCAGGCUUGCCAAGUUUGAGAUUACACCCGCUACCUGUAAAUGCUUCCAGCUCGGCACUGAUGAGGAUGCGACAUUUCAGGACAUCAUACAAACGUUGAGUAUGACCCCGGAGGCCCUUAGUAACCCCAGGUACGUUCAUAUUCACCGUGAGGCAAUUAUAGCCCGGCUGGUCGGGGGAUGCUUCGACCCCGAGAUAGUGGAAGGUGUCUUCCAGAGGUGCGUGCCGGCCGAGGUAUCGCAGACUUCAGACCCCUUUGAGGCGUUCGUAGAAUAUUGGGACUCGGCUCCGGUGAGGCAGACUGUCAAAAGCCUGCUGGUCUUUGCGCAGGAGGCGUCCCCUGACACACCACCGCCGCCGGGGGUUACAAAGGCGGGGACUGAGGGUCCGGUGGACUACGAGGGCGAGGCGCGGAAGAUCCGGUCUCUGUACGCCGUCGACACGGAUGAGUGGUUCGAGUCACAGUUUUAA